CGAGGCUCGAAGGGCACGCGCGCGGUGGAGAUCUUGACCCAAAGAUUCGCAGCAGGCCAUGCCGCCGAAGGGCAGCAGGAACCAGAAGCGCGCCAACAGCAGGCAGUCAGAAUACUCGUGUGGGAAAGCGAAACGUGGCGAAGCAGAGAAAGCGAAGAGGACCGAAAAUAAAGAGCACGAGAACACGCUCGCCCGUCUGAGGGGCCAACUGCAGAAAGACAAGCCGCACCUCUGGGAGCAAUACAAGAAAGCCAGGAAGACCACCAAAAAGGAGUGGCUCCAGAUCUGGCAGCAGGACGGCCAUUUCGAGAGAAUUGAAAGCAGCAAGCUUGAGGAGAAAGAAAGAGUUCAUCAGGGCGACACCUUGGGCUCCUGGUUCACAUACGACGAGCUGCUGGCCGCCCAGAAGUGGACGGUUGAGAACAGCGAGACGCCGUACGGACAACGGGCCAUGGCCAGAGCCGACGCGAUCAAGCACUACUGCCAGCGG